AUGGAUUCCGAUUUGGAGUACAUAUACGAGCAAUAUGUUGAGUCGUUCGACUCGUCGAACGAGGAGGAGUACUUCGAUGAGACGAUGAUGAUGCAGGCAGUCCUUGAAGAUGCGGAGUGUGCGGAGGAGCAUGUACUCAAUUUCAAGGGCUCGAUCAACGGUCAUCGAGUGCUCAACCGUAACAAGGCGCGCGGGCAUUUGACACUGAUGGCAGACUACUUUGCCCCCGAUGCACUAUUCGCAUACCAUUUUCGCCGACAUUUUCGGAUGCGCAAGACUGUCUUCGAUCGUUUGUACCAUGGCGUCUGGUUCUACGAUGACUACUUCAUCCUGAAGAAGGACGUCGUGGGAACGAUGGUUUCUCUGGUUACCAGAACUGAUUCGCGGGACGAGUACCUAUGGAUGUCCAAGAGCACAUGUGGAGAUGCCAUGGUCAGGUUUGCAACUGUCGUGGUCGAGGUGUUCAGACCUCAGUACCUGAGAGAACCAACUGUGGCAGAUACAGAGAGGCUCCUAGCAAUCUCAGAACCAAGAGGGUGGCUAGGUUUCAUUGGAUCUCUUGACUGCAUGCACUGGAAAUGA